GGGAGGGAGCUUCGGUGCCGCGCGGGCGUCAGGGGCUCCGCGGGGGAGGAGUCAGUAAAAGUGGCUAUAAAAGCGGCCUCUCGGCUGAGGGCCGGGGAGCUAGCGCCCAAGCAGAGCCCAGCGCGGUGCUAUCGGACAGAGCCUGGCGAGCGCAAGCGGCGCGGGGAGCCAGCGGGGCUGAGCGCGGCCAGGGUCUGAACCCAGAUUUCCCAGACUAGCUACCACUCCGCUUGCCCAUGCCCCGGGAGCUCGCGGCGCCUGGCGGUCAGCGACCAGACGUCCGGGGCCGCUGCGCUCCUGGACCGCGAGGCGUGACACUGUCUCGGCUACCGACCCAGAGGUAAGAGGGCCUGGCUGGGGGCGUCAGGGAUGAGCUGACGGCCCAUGCCACGGAAGAGAGGUAAGAAGCGGGGGUCCGCGCCUCCACCCGGCACAGGGUAAACGUUACCCGCCUCAGUUUCUGUUUGUCUGUCCACCCUGUGCUGUGCAGUCUACCUCUGUCUGUCUGUUUGUCCAUGCGUCUGUUGAUGGGCACACGCCCCUGGCACUGUCCUCUGUGGGAUUUCUGAGAUCUUGUGAUGCUUUACAAGCUGCAGGUGCCGGGGGGCGCUGGAGUCCCCAGAGGGCAUCCAGAGGGGGCAGACUCCUGCUUUCCGUAGAUUUUCCCCCUUCUGAAUGGCACCGGGGGCUUGCGCCCAGGAGAGUGUCUCGCCGAGGAGGGAGUACCACAAGGGUCAGGUCUCGGUGUCCUGCCGACUGGGAGCCAGCUCACGCCGAGCUCUAGCGGGCGUGCGCCUAGCAACAGGUCUGCGCCCUGCUGCUCCUGCCUCAGCACGCUCUUCCUCCCAGUUUCCCUCGCCUCCCAGUGCCUCCGGGACAGCGCUAGGCACCCAGCGACGCGCUGGCGCGGGGCCGAGCGGAGGCAAUUGCAAUGUUAGAUGAACCCGGGGGGCUCUGCUGAUGUUUAGACUGAGACUCCAAACGUGGCAUCGCUGGAAGAAGGUUUGGUGGUCCCUGGCAAAGGACGUCAGCUCCAAGAAAGGUCGCGUUAGGUUGUGAGGAAAGGCAGAGAGUCCUGGCAGAACGCUGGCCAGGUCUCCAGCUCGCCGCUCUGGGAACGAAGGCCAGUGACAUUCUGGAAUGGACCCCACGGGAUGAGUGUGCUCAUGAGAGAGGAGCGCUGUGCGCCCUGGGUCCUCAGCCGCAGACACUUUCUGCGACAGCCGCUGUUCCCCAAGGGUCGGACGCUACGGCAGUCCCAGGAGUUCCGCCAGCUGCCGGGUUUGAGGUCCUGAGUCCUUCUCCAAGCAGCCAACGCUACCCACAGGGACUCCAUCUUCACUUUAUUUUUGCAUCUGAGAACUUGUUGAUGGAAUUGAUGAAAGUGCUGGAGUUGAUCACAAUGAAAAUAAAAUUCUUAUUUAAAGACAAAUGGAAGAACUUUUAUGUGAUAAAAAUCGGUCAACUGUUUUCCCCUACCUAUACUACUUGGAGGAAAGAUAAAACUCAGAAGGAAUCUUACCUUCUUCCAUCUAAAAGGAUUGGAGCUGAAGAAUACAUGCUACAGAUGCUCAGAAUCUUUCUAUGAGACUGCUGGUGACACGAACAGAGCAGGAGGACAUGGCGCCUUGGAUGACCUUGAAUUCCUGGCUGUCUUCUGUGGACUCCCAUGCAGAUUCCAGUUUCCAGCACACCCAUGGCUUUCUGAUGGAGAAGACUCAGUGAAGCUGCAUCACUUAUGCAGCUCCAGGUGGCGGUCACUCGGCUCAAGGUGGUGGAGUUGGAACUCAGACCUAUGUCACCGGAGCACGCUGCCAGGAUGGGAGCUGCUGGGAGGCAGGACUUCUUCUUCAAGGCCAUGCUGACCAUCAGCUGGCUCACUCUGACCUGCUUCCCUGGGGCCACAUCCACAGUGGCUGCUGGGUGCCCUGACCAGAGCCCUGAGUUGCAACCCUGGAACCCUGGCCAUGACCAAGACCACCAUGUGCAUAUCGGCCAGGGCAAGACACUGCUGCUCACCUCUUCUGCCACGGUCUAUUCCAUCCACAUCUCAGAGGGAGGCAAGCUAGUCAUUAAAGACCACGAUGAGCCAAUUGUUUUGCGAACCCGGCACAUCCUGAUUGACAACGGAGGAGAGCUGCAUGCUGGGAGUGCCCUCUGCCCUUUCCAGGGCAAUUUCACCAUCAUUUUGUAUGGAAGGGCUGAUGAAGGUAUUCAGCCGGAUCCUUACUAUGGUCUGAAGUACAUUGGGGUUGGUAAAGGAGGCACUCUUGAGUUGCAUGGACAGAAAAAGCUCUCCUGGACAUUUCUGAACAAGACCCUUCACCCAGGUGGCAUGGCAGAAGGAGGCUAUUUUUUUGAAAGGAGCUGGGGCCACCGUGGAGUUAUUGUUCAUGUCGUCGACCCCAAAUCAGGCACAGUCAUCCAUUCUGACCGGUUUGACACCUACAGAUCCAAGAAAGAGAGUGAACGUCUGGUCCAGUAUUUGAACGCGGUGCCCGAUGGCAGGAUCCUUUCUGUUGCAGUGAAUGAUGAAGGUUCUCGAAAUCUGGAUGACAUGGCCAGGAAGGCGAUGACCAAAUUGGGAAGCAAACACUUCCUGCACCUUGGAUUUAGACACCCUUGGAGUUUUCUAACUGUGAAAGGAAAUCCAUCAUCUUCAGUGGAAGACCAUAUUGAAUAUCACGGACAUCGAGGCUCUGCUGCUGCCCGGGUAUUCAAAUUGUUCCAGACAGAGCAUGGCGAAUAUUUCAAUGUUUCUUUGUCCAGUGAGUGGGUUCAAGACGUGGAGUGGACGGAGUGGUUCGAUCAUGAUAAAGUAUCUCAGACUAAAGGUGGGGAGAAAAUUUCAGACCUCUGGAAAGCUCACCCAGGAAAAAUCUGCAAUCGUCCCAUUGAUAUACAGGCCACUACAAUGGAUGGAGUUAACCUCAGCACCGAGGUUGUCUACAAAAAAGGCCAGGAUUAUAGGUUUGCUUGCUACGACCGGGGCAGAGCCUGCCGGAGCUACCGUGUACGGUUCCUCUGUGGGAAGCCUGUGAGGCCCAAACUCACAGUCACCAUUGACACCAAUGUGAACAGCACCAUUCUGAACUUGGAGGAUAAUGUACAGUCAUGGAAACCUGGAGAUACCCUGGUCAUUGCCAGUACUGAUUACUCCAUGUACCAGGCAGAAGAGUUCCAGGUGCUUCCCUGCAGAUCCUGCGCCCCCAACCAGGUCAAAGUGGCAGGGAAACCAAUGUACCUGCACAUCGGGGAGGAGAUAGACGGCGUGGACAUGCGGGCGGAGGUUGGGCUUCUGAGCCGGAACAUCAUAGUGAUGGGGGAGAUGGAGGACAAAUGCUACCCCUACAGAAACCACAUCUGCAAUUUCUUUGACUUCGAUACCUUUGGGGGCCACAUCAAGUUUGCUCUGGGAUUUAAGGCAGCACACCUGGAGGGCAUGGAGCUGAAGCAUAUGGGACAGCAGCUGAUGGGUCAGUACCCGAUCCACUUCCACCUGGCCGGUGAUGUAGAUGAAAGGGGAGGUUAUGACCCACCCACAUACAUCAGGGACCUCUCCAUCCAUCAUACAUUCUCUCGCUGCGUCACAGUCCAUGGCUCCAAUGGCUUGUUGAUCAAGGACGUUGUGGGCUAUAACUCUUUGGGCCACUGCUUCUUCACGGAAGAUGGGCCGGAGGAACGCAACACUUUUGACCACUGUCUUGGCCUCCUUGUCAAGUCUGGAACCCUCCUCCCCUCGGACCGUGACAGCAAGAUGUGCAAGAUGAUCACAGAGGACUCCUACCCGGGGUACAUCCCCAAGCCCAGGCAAGAAUGCAAUGCUGUGUCCACCUUCUGGAUGGCCAAUCCCAACAACAACCUCAUCAACUGUGCCGCUGCAGGAUCUGAGGAAACUGGAUUUUGGUUUAUUUUUCACCACGUACCAACGGGCCCCUCCGUGGGAAUGUACUCCCCAGGUUAUUCAGAGCACAUUCCACUGGGAAAAUUCUAUAACAACCGAGCACAUUCCAACUACCGGGCUGGCAUGAUCAUAGACAACGGAGUCAAAACCACCGAGGCCUCUGCCAAGGACAAGCGGCCGUUCCUCUCGAUCAUCUCUGCCAGAUACAGCCCUCACCAGGACGCCGACCCGCUGAAGCCCCGGGAGCCGGCCAUCAUCAGACACUUCAUUGCCUACAAGAACCAGGACCACGGGGCCUGGCUGCGCGGCGGGGAUGUGUGGCUGGACAGCUGCCGGUUUGCUGACAAUGGCAUUGGCCUGACCCUGGCCAGUGGUGGAACCUUCCCGUACGACGACGGCUCCAAGCAAGAGAUAAAGAACAGCUUGUUUGUUGGUGAGAGUGGCAACGUGGGGACGGAAAUGAUGGACAAUAGGAUCUGGGGACCUGGCGGCUUGGACCAUAGCGGAAGGACCCUCCCUAUAGGCCAGAAUUUUCCAAUUAGAGGAAUUCAGUUAUAUGAUGGCCCCAUCAACAUCCAGAACUGCACUUUCCGAAAGUUUGUGGCCCUGGAGGGCCGGCACACCAGCGCCCUGGCCUUCCGCCUGAAUAAUGCCUGGCAGAGCUGCCCCCAUAACAACGUGACCGGCAUUGCCUUUGAGGACGUUCCGAUUACUUCCAGAGUGUUCUUCGGAGAGCCUGGGCCCUGGUUCAACCAGCUGGACAUGGAUGGGGAUAAGACAUCUGUGUUCCAUGACGUCGACGGCUCCGUGUCCGAGUACCCUGGCUCCUACCUCACGAAGAAUGACAACUGGCUGGUCCGGCACCCAGACUGCAUCAAUGUUCCCGACUGGAGAGGGGCCAUUUGCAGUGGGCGCUAUGCACAGAUGUACAUUCAAGCCUACAAGACCAGUAACCUGCGAAUGAAGAUCAUCAAGAAUGACUUCCCCAGCCACCCUCUCUACCUGGAGGGAGCGCUCACCAGGAGCACCCAUUACCAGCAAUACCAACCGGUUGUCACCCUGCAGAAGGGCUACACCAUCCACUGGGACCAGACGGCCCCCGCCGAACUCGCCAUCUGGCUCAUCAACUUCAACAAGGGCGACUGGAUCCGAGUGGGGCUCUGCUACCCGCGAGGCACCACAUUCUCAAUCCUCUCGGAUGUUCACAAUCGCCUGCUGAAGCAAACGUCCAAGACGGGCGUCUUCGUGAGGACCUUGCAGAUGGACAAAGUGGAGCAGAGCUACCCUGGCAGGAGCCACUACUACUGGGACGAGGACUCAGGGCUGUUGUUCCUGAAGCUGAAAGCUCAGAACGAGAGAGAGAAGUUUGCUUUCUGCUCCAUGAAAGGCUGUGAGAGGAUAAAGAUUAAAGCUCUGAUUCCAAAGAACGCAGGCGUCAGUGACUGCACAGCCACAGCCUACCCCAAGUUCACCGAGAGGGCUGUCGUGGACGUGCCGAUGCCCAAGAAGCUCUUUGGUUCUCAGCUGAAAACAAAGGACCAUUUCUUGGAGGUGAAGAUGGAGAGUUCCAAGCAGCACUUCUUCCACCUCUGGAACGACUUCGCUUACAUUGAAGUGGAUGGGAAGAAGUACCCCAGUUCAGAAGAUGGCAUCCAGGUGGUGGUGAUUGAUGGGAACCAAGGGCGUGUGGUGAGCCACACGAGCUUCAGGAACUCCAUUCUGCAAGGCAUACCAUGGCAGCUUUUCAACUAUGUGGCGACCAUCCCUGACAAUUCCAUAGUGCUUAUGGCAUCAAAGGGAAGAUACGUCUCCAGAGGCCCAUGGACCAGAGUGCUGGAAAAGCUUGGGGCAGACAGGGGUCUCAAGUUGAAAGAGCAAAUGGCAUUCGUUGGCUUCAAAGGCAGCUUCCGGCCCAUCUGGGUGACACUGGACACUGAGGAUCACAAAGCCAAAAUCUUCCAAGUUGUGCCCAUCCCUGUGGUGAAGAAGAAGAAGUUGUGAGGACAGCUGCCGCCCGGUGCCACCUCGUGGUAGACUAUGACGGUGACUCUUGGCAGCAGACCAGUGGGGGAUGGCUGGGUCCCCCAGCCCCUGCCAGCAGCUGCCUGGGAAGGCCGUGUCUCAGCCCUGAUGGGCCAAUCAGAGACCCUGGUGCUGCCACCUGCCCCUACUCAAGUGUCUACCUGGAGCCCCUGGGGCGGUGCUGGCCAAUGCUGGAAACAUUCACUUUCCUGCAGCUUCUUGGGUGCUUCUCUCCUAUCUGUGCCUCUUCAGUGGGGGUUUGGGGACCAUAUCAGGAGACGUGGGUUGUGCUGACAGCAAAGAUCCACUUUGGCAGGAGCCCUGACCCAGCUAGGAGGUAGUCUGGAGGGCUGGUCAUUCACAGAUCCCCAUGGUCUUCAGCAGACAAGUGAGGGUGGUAAAUGUAGGAGAAAGAGCCUUGGCCUUAAGGAAAUCUUUACUCCUGUAAGCAAGAGCCAACCUCACAGGAUUACGAGCUGGGGUAGAACUGGCUAUCCUUGGGGAAGAGGCAAGCCCUGCCUCUGGCCGUGUCCACCUUUCAGGAGACUUUGAGUGGCAGGUUUGGACUUGGACUAGAUGACUCUCAAAGGCCCGUUUAGUUCUCAGAUUCCAGAAAUCUGCUGCAUUUCACAUGGUACCUGGAACCCAACAGUUCAUGGAUAUCCACUGAUAUCCAUGAUGCUGGGUGCCCCAGGGCACACGGGAUGGAGAGGUGAGAACUAAUGCCUAGCUCGAGGGGUCUGCAGUCCAGUAGGGCAGGCAGUCAGGUCCAUGUGCACUGCAAUGCCAGGUGGAGAAAUCACAGAGAGGUAAAAUGGAGGCCAGUGCCAUUUCAGAGGGUAGGCUCAGGAAGGCUUCUUGCUUACAGGAAUGAAGGCUGGGGGCAUUUUGCUGGGGGGAGAUGAGGCAGCCUCUGGAAUGGCUCAGGGAUUCAGCCCUCCCUGCUGCUGCCUGCUGAAGCUGGUGACUACGGAGUCGCCCUUUGCCCACGUCUCUCUGGCCCACUCAUGAUGGAGAAAUGUGGUCAGAGGGGAGCAAUGGGCUUUGCUGCUUAUGAGCACGGAGGAAUUCGGUCCCCAGGCAGCCCUGCCUCUGACUCCAAGAGGGUGAAGUCCACAGAAGUGAGCUCCUGCCUUGGGGCCUCAUUUGCUCUUCAUCCAGGGAACUAAGCACAGGGGGCCUCCAGGAGACCCUAGAUGUGCUCGCACUCCCUCGGCCUGGGAUUUCAGAGCUGGAAAUAUAGAAAAUAUCUAGCCCAAAGCCUUCAUUUUAACAGAUGGGGAAAGUGAGCCCCCAAGAUGGGAAAGAACCACACAGCUAAGGGAGGGCGCGGGGAGCCCCACCCUAGCCCUUGCUGCCACACCACAUUGCCUCAACAACCGGCCGCAGAGUGCCCAGGCACUCCUGAGGUAGCUUCUGGAAAUGGGGACAAGUCCCCUCGAAGGAAAGGAAAUGACUAGAGUAGAAUGACAGCUAGCAGAUCUCUUCCCUCCUGCUCCCAGCGCACACAAACCCGCCCUCCCCUUGGUGUUGGCGGUCCCUGUGGCCUUCACUUUGUUCACUACCUGUCAGCCCAGCCUGGGUGCACAGUAGCUGCCAACUCCCCAUUGGUGCUACCUGGCUCUCCUGUCUCUGCAGCUCUACAGGUGAGGCCCAGCAGAGGGAGUAGGGCUCGCCAUGUUUCUGGUGAGCCAAUUUGGCUGAUCUUGGGUGUCUGAACAGCUAUUGGGUCCACCCCAGUCCCUUUCAGCUGCUGCUUAAUGCCCUGCUCUCUCCCUGGCCCACCUUAUAGAGAGCCCAAAGAGCUCCUGUAAGAGGGAGAACUCUAUCUGUGGUUUAUAAUCUUGCACGAGGCACCAGGGUCUCCCUGGGUCUUGUGGUGAACUACAUUUAUCCCCUUUCCUGCCCCAACCACAAACUCUUUCCUUCAAAGAGGGCCUGCCUGGCUCCCUCCACCCAACUGCACCCAUGAGACUCGGUCCCAGAGUCCAUUCCCCAGGUGGGAGCCAACUGUCAGGGAGGUCUUUCCCACCAAACAUCUUUCAGCUGCUGGGAGGUGACCAUAGGGCUCUGCUUUUAAAGAUAUGGCUGCUUCAAAGCCCAGAGUCACAGGAAGGACUUCUUCCAGGGAGAUUAGUGGUGAUGGAGAGGAGAGUUAAAAUGACCUCAUGUCCUUCUUGUCCAUGGUUUUGUUGAGUUUUCACUCUUUUAAUGCAAGGGUCUCACACUGUGAACCACUUAGGAUGUGAUCACUUUCAGGUGGCCAGGAAUGUUGAAUGUCUUUGGCUCAGUUCAUUUAAAAAAGAUGAUAUCUAUUUGAAAGUUCUCAGAGUUGUACAUAUGUUUCACAGUACAGGAUCUGUACAUAAAAGUUUCUUUCCUAAACCAUUCACCAAGAGCCAAUAUCUAGGCAUUUUCUUGGUAGCACAAAUUUUCUUAUUGCUUAGAAAAUUGUCCUCCUUGUUAUUUCUGUUUGUAAGACUUAAGUGAGUUAGGUCUUUAAGGAAAGCAAUGCUCCUCUGAAAUGCUUGUCUUUUUUCUGUUGCCGAAAUAGCUGGUCCUUUUUCGGGAGUUAGAUGUAUAGAGUGUUUGUAUGUAAACACUUCUUGUAGGCAUCACCAUGAACAAAGAUAUAUUUUCUAUUUAUUUAUUAUAUGUGCACUUCAAGAAGUCACUGUCAGAGAAAUAAAAUUGUCUUAAAUGUCAUGACUGGAGAUGUCCUUUGCAUUGCUUGGAAGGGGUGUACCUAGAGCCGAGGAAAUUGGCUCUGGUUUGGAAAAUUUUGCUGUUAUUAUAGUAAACAUACAAAGGAUGUCA